CCACCCUUUUCUUUCUCUUUACCUCCUACCUCCCACUUUACCAUCUCCUCUGUUCCAUUCAUGAGGCAAUGAGAGACCGAAGGAUGGAGAGGCUUGUCAUCCUUCCCUUCUCCAUGGGCUGUGUUUCUCAAUCGAGCAUUGCAGUUUGCGAAAGCCAACCAAAGAAAGCACAACUAGAGCCAACUCCAUCAAGACCAAGUGGAGAAGGUGAAAGCCAAUCUGGUGGAAAGACGAAGGGCUCAUUUGGGCUUCUCCCACUUCCUCGGCCUAACGUCUCUGUGGGGUUUCAUAAGCUGAUCAAGAGCUUCAAGGGCUUAUCUCAACUGUUUGUAAUAUACAAAGAGGAUGAUGAGGAGAUGGAGAUUGGAUUCCCAACUGAUGUGCAGCAUGUGUCCCAUGUAGGAUGGGAUGGGUUCAACAAUGUCUGGGAUAAAGCUCCAGAGUUCCUCUCUCUACCAUCCCUCUCAUUGAGGCAGCUUGAGCUGGCCAUGGCAGUCCAGGGUGGCGCCCCUCCAUCCCAUGGUCCUCCUGGGGCUUGACCAUGGUGAGGUGUAGCUGCCUUGUUCUUUUCUUUGGUUCUUGUUGUUGCUUGCUAUCCCUUUGUUGAUGGUGAUGAGAGGUGCAUGUGAACUUGUAUAGAUUGUUUUAAUAUGGGAAUCUUUAGCAUUUUCUAGUUCUUUUUGUAUGCAUGUGAGAGCUUGGUUUGUUCAGAGUACAAUAAGAAUGAUACUAAGGCUUGUGACCACAAGUCAUAACCACUUGGAUGAAUGGGGAAAUUUCAUGCCACCUAGAAGGGGCAGCAUCUUUUUUGAA